AUGGAUGCAGAACGGACCUUGAAGCCAGACCCCCUGCCUCCCUUCUUCAAGAAGCCCAGCUGGGGAAGCUCCUCAGCCGCUUCCCACUCGUGGUCGCUGGAGAUGUUGCUUCGCCGGCUGCGCUCCACCGGGGACAGACAGGAGGACAACUUCGCCAGGGUGCUGGAUGAGAUCGGGGAGUUUGGCCGCUUCCAGUGGUGGCUGACGGCCUUUACCUUCCUGCCCACCGUCCUCAUGGCCUUCUUCAUGUUCGUCGACCACUUCUCCCUGUUGGAGCAACUGCCCUACUGUAACACCAGCUGGAUCCUGGCGGUGGGGCCUAACCUGACCGUCGACCAGCAGCUCAACCUGACGCUGCCCCGGGCCCCCAAUGGGAGCUUCUUGCGCUGUCUCAUGUACGUGCCCGUGCCCUGGGAUUUGCAGUCCAUCAUCCAGUUUGGCCUCAACCACACAGAUAUAUGCCUUGAUGGCUGGAUUUAUCCCGAUUCCAAGAUGAGAUCCCUGGUCAAUGAGUUCGACUUGGUGUGUGACAAACAACCUAACAAAGAACUGCUGCAGGCCAUACUCAUGGCGGGCAUCCUGACGGGCUCUUUCAUUUUCGGAUUCAUCUGUGAUAAGCUGGGCCGCCACCCCACCAUCUUGCUAUCCUUCCUGUGCCUGGCCAUCUUUGGCUUCGGGACGGCCUUCGUGAGUAGCUUCCACCAGUACCUGUUGUUCCGCUUCGCCGUCUCCCAGGCGGUGGUGGGCUACAUCAUUGGCAGCCUGUGUUUAGCCACGGAGUGGCUGGAAGGGGAGCAUCGCACGCACGCCAUUAUCCUGGCGCACUGUUUCAUCACCGUGGGGAUCCUGUUCCUCGCGGGCCUGGCGUACUCCAUUCCCCACUGGAGACUGCUCUUCCUGGUGGGCGGUGUGCCCAUCUUCUCCCUCCUCUCCUGCAUCUGGUUUCUCCCAGAAUCCCCUCGAUGGCUGAUGACCAGAGGGAAGAUAGAAGAGGCCAAGAAAGUGCUGUGCUAUGUUGCUAGAGUGAAUAAGAAAACCAUUCCUCCAGAACUGUUGAACGAGCUGCAGCUGUCUGGGAAGAAGACGACGAAGGCCUCGGUGCUGGACUUCUACACCAACCGACCCCUGUACACGGUGAUCCUGGUGAUGGGCUGCGUGUGGUUCAGCGUCAGCUACAGCCUGCACACGCUGGGCGUGAAGCUGAUGGGGCUGGACGGAGUGACCAACCAGUUUCACAAGGUGGUGCCGGGCUUCGUGGGCGUCCCCGCGCGGCUCAGCGGCAUCUUCCUCCUCGAGCAGUUCGGCCGGAAGUGGACGCUGGCCGUCACGCUCCUGCAGGCCACCGCCCUCUACCUGCUCCUCCUCUUCAUCCCGCCAGAGAUGAAAUCCGUGACCAUCUUGGUGGUGGUGUUCGGGCAUUUCAGCCUGUCCACCACGGUCUCUGUGUUCUUCAUCUACACGGCGGAACUUUUCCCCACUGUCCUCAGAGCCACAGGCCUGGGCCUCAUGAUUGCAGCCUGGGCCGCGGGUGCCAUCACUUCGCUGAUUAUCACCAGUCAGGUCAAAUCCCUCCUGCCUCUCUUUCUCUGCUGCGUCUUCUCCUCCAUGGCAUUGUGCUUCUCUUCUGCCCUGCCGGAAACCCAAGACCUGCCCCUGUGGGACACGUUGGAUCACCUCACGAAGUCAGGUUUCCAGAAAGAGGCACCCCAGUAUUCCAAUGAGUCCACCAGGAGGAACAAGGAAGACACGGCGAUAGUGGCGCCCAAGGACUUGAGAUCGGAUUAUUUGUCAAAGGAAGCGGCCAAAAACACCAUUCUGAAUGUCCAGAACCUCAAGAUGAGCUCGCUCCUCCCUCCCGACAACCCCUUGGUGCCACUCAAAAAAUCUGCUUCCCAAGAGCCCUCUACCACAGCUUCGGAGCAGCCAGGCCAGGAAGAAGAACCAAGCACAGCACGCUGAGCUCCUCCACCCCGCCUCCCUCCCACUCCCAUGACCUUAGGUUGGACUUGACCUUGGAAUGGUCUCAGAUAGGGAAUGAUGGGACUCAAUGGAAGGCUCUGCCAGAGACUUCCAGCCUGGC